UUCAGUAGCGCCAUAAUAAUUUUUUUUGUGUGUUUCGCAGAGCUCUGAAUUCUGUAGAAUAUUGUCAAGGAUUACACAGUAACCACUAACUUACUGAAUUUUAAAAUGUUAUGUGAGAUUUACUGCUAGUCUAACCAUAAUAGUUUACAAGAUUUUCCUGAUUAAAACUGUUUCACAAUAUUUGAAAAUUUAGGCAGUAGGAACCUAAAUGGUAUCUCUGUGUGUGUUUGUGUGUUAAUAGAAAAUAAGUUUUUUAGCUGGGGACAGUGGCUCCCAUGGCCUUUGGGAGCCCAAGGUGGGUAGAUCACCUGAGGUCAGGAGUUCGAGACCAGCCUGGCCAACAUGGUGAAACCCUGAAUCUACUAAAAAUACAAACAUUAACCAGGCAAGGUGGUGCACACACCCAGCUACUCAGGAGGCUGAGGCAGGAGACUCUCUGGGACCUGGGAGGCGGAGGCUACAGUGAGCUGAGAUUGUGCCACUGCACUCCAGCCUGGGUGACAGAGUGAGACUCUAUCUCAAAAACCAAAAAAGAAAAAAUAUUUUAUGAAUAUUUAAAAGCAAGUAGCAAAGUGCAUAUGACUUUCUGAGCUUUCAUGAUUUCACUGAAGAGGGGUGCUUAGACUGGGAGAGUUGGGUAAGGUUGAAAGAAGUGAGCUCCAAGGCAGGCACCAUAGCAAAAGGACCCUACAGUGGGUGGCAAUCUAAAUAUUUUUAAUGUGUCAGGUUUUUCUUUAGUUACUUACAGUUUGAAUCCAGUGCCUUGUUUCUAUGAGAUUUUUAUUUCUCUAGAAGAAUGAAUGAAAAUACUAAAAUAUUUUUAAGAAGUUAUUUUUUAUACCCUUAAAACUAAAACUAAUUGAAAGAAUAUGGUUGGAAUUGUCAAGAAGUAAAACGAGUAUAAUAGUAUAAUUUAAAGCUAUUACAUUAUGAUAAAGGAAGAAUUGGGAAAGAGGGCUGGAUUGAUUUUUGUAAAGGACUUAGGAAAAAAUUGCUGUUUUAGGAAAUAAAACAUUUAGAGCUGUACUCUACACCGUCUGUCCAUACUAGUUUCAUUUUCUUAAUUUUCCUUUUUUUUUUUUUUUGAGACAGAGUCUUGCUCUGUUGCACAGGUUGGAGUGUAGUGGUAUGAUCUCAGCUCACUGCCACCUCUAACUCCUGGGUUCAAGCAAUUCUCCUGCCUCAGCCUCCCAACUAGCUGGGAUUACAGGUGCCCACCAUCACACCUGGCUAGUUUUUGUAUUUUCAGUAGAGAUGACGUUUCACUGUGUUGGCCAGGCUGGUUUCAAACUCCUGACCUCAAGUGAUCCACCCACCUGGGUCUCCCAAAGUGCUGGGAUUACAGGCAUGAGCCACCAUGCCUGGCCCAUACUAUUUUUAAAUAAAAAUUGUAACUGUAUAAAACAAAUUAUCAAGAAAACAAGGAGAAAACUUCAGUCAAUAUUUAGCUUGAUCUCUGUGUCAAGUUAAAUAUAAAACCUAAAAAGGAAAUCCCAAGGAAAACUAUUGAUAGUUUACAUAUUUGCACCAUUUUAAGUGGGAUCCAGAUGUGCCAGAAGAGAUUUUUCUCUGUACUGCCAUCCCUAUCCACAGAUUAGAUUAAGUUCUGGAUUCCUCUAUAGCCAAGGCUAUAGAAACUCAAUGGAACUGAAAUGGCACAGAGAACAGAAGCAGAUGCAUUAAUGUCCCAUCAUGUCAGAGUGUCUAAUGGAAAGGGUACAUCUGCAGUGAUUCUGUGUGUAUAAGAGAGGAUAAUGCCAGAUUGCAGAAGCUAAUUUAAUGAUGCACCGCAGUUAUUUUAUAUUUGGUACUUGCAUCCCUGUUUGGAAACAACUUACAGAAAUAAUUCAUGCCCUGGGAAAUAUUUAUGAUCAUCCAUUUAAAAUGUAAUGUCAGCAAAGCUACAUUCUUAUUCCCAGGGUUUGGACAUUGUAGGGAGCAGAGUCCCUAAGCAAUGCCUGUGUUUCUAGUUUAUUGACAUCCUUGAAAGCCUUCUCUGUGGUAACUUUAGAGCUGUAUAUCAGAAACAGCCACAACACUUAAAGGCAAAUCUGAAACUGGAUAGAGAUCUUUGUCAUAAAAAUGCCAAAUUUUUAAUAUUUUAAGUAUAUAAAGUCUUAAAGAUCAGUAAGAAAACUUAUCAGACCCUAAUAAUGAAAUGGGAAAAGAAUAUCAACUGACAGUUCUAGAAGUCCAAAGUCUAGGCAAGUAUGAAAAAGGUCCAUCCUGCCUCCUCCCCGGCCAUGGCGUUCAUGUUCGCGGCCUUCUGCUACAUGCUAGCGCUGCUGCUCACUGCCGCACUCAUCUUCUUUGCCAUUUGGCACAUUACAGCAUUUGAUGAGCUGAAGACAGAUAACAAGAAUCCUACAGACCAGUGUAAUACCCUGAAUUCCCUUGUACUCCCAGAGUACCUCAUCCAUGCUUUCUUCUGUGUCAUGUUUCUUUGUGCAGCAGAGUGGCUUACACUGGGUCUCAAUAUGCCCCUCUUGGCAUAUCAUAUUUGGAAGUAUAUGAGUAGACCAGUGAUGAGUGGACCAGGACUCUGUGAUCCUACAACCAUCAUGAAUGCAGAUAUUCUAACAUAUUGUCAGAAGGAAGGAUGGUGUAAAUUAGCUUUUUAUCUUCUAGCAUUUUUUUAACUACCUAUAUGGCAUGAUCUAUGUUUUGGUGAGCUCUUAGAACAACACACAGAAGAAUUGGUCCAGUUAAGUGCAUGCAAAAAGCCACCACAUGAAGAGAUUCUAUCCAGCAAGAUCCUGUUUCCAAGAGUAGCCUGUGGAAUCGGAUCAGUUACUUUAAAAAUGACUCCUUAUUUUUUAAAUGUUUCCACAUUUUUUGCUUGUGGAAAGACUGUUUUCAUAUGUUAUAUUCAGAUAAAGAAUUUAAAUGGAAUUACAUAUAAAUUAAUAUAAAAUGAUUACCUCUGGUAUUGACAGGUUUGAACUUGCACUUCUUAAAGAAUAGCCAUAAUCCUCUGAAUGAUGCAUUACUUACUGACUGUCCUAGUACUUUGGAAGUUUUUGUUUAUAGGAACUUGUAGGGCUCAUUUUGGGUUCAUUGAAACAGUAUUAAUUAUAAAUUAGUUGUAGAUAUCAGGUGCUUCUGAUGAACUGAAAAUGUAUAUCUGACUAGUGGGAAACUUCUUGGGUUUUCUCAUCUGUCAUGUAGAUGAUUAUAUAUGGAAACAUUUACAAAAAUAAAAAGUGGGAUUUUUCCCUUCGACUUGAUACUAUCCCUGUAUAUUGCAUGAAUGAGAGAUUUCCCAUAUUUCCAUCAGAGUGAUAAAUAUACUUGCUUUAAUUCUUAAGCAUAAGUAAACAUGAUAUAAAAUAUAUAUGCUGAAUUACUUGUGAAGAAUGCAUUUAAAGCUAUUUUAAAUGUGUUUUUAUUUGUAAGACAUUACUUAUUAAGAAAUUGGUUAUUAUGCUUACUGUUCUAAUCUGGUGGUAAAGGUAUUCUUAAGAAUUUCCAGGUACUUUAGAUUUUCAAAACUGAAUGAAAGAGAAAAUUGUAUAACCAUCCUGCUGUUCCUUUAGUGCAAUACAAUAAAACUCUGAAAUUAAAAAAAAA